GACCUCAUGCUAAGCGCCUUGUCUCGCGUGGUCGCCCCUGGCGCUGUGCGCUGCGUCCGUGGUUCCCCGGCGCCUGAGCUUCGCGCCGCUGCUGCCGCCGCCGCCAUGUCCCGGCCGCUGUCGCCGCCGCAGGCCGCCUCCGGGGCCCCGGUUUGGCCCGCCACCGUGCUAGGCACCAUGGAGAUGGGGCGCCGCAUGGACGCGCCCGCCAGCGCCGCGGCCGUGCGCGCCUUCCUGGAGCGCGGCCACACGGAGCUGGACACGGCCUUCAUGUACAGCGACGGCCAGUCCGAGAGCAUCCUGGGCGGCCUGGGCCUCGGGCUGGGCGGCGGCGACUGCAGAGUGAAAAUCGCUACCAAGGCCAAUCCCUGGGAAGGGAAGUCGCUGAAGCCUGACAGUGUCCGGGCCCAGCUGGAGACAUCCCUGAAACGGCUGCAGUGCCCCCGGGUGGACCUCUUCUACCUACAUGUCCCUGACCACGACACCCCCGUGGAGGAGACGCUGCAUGCCUGCCACCAGCUGCACCAGGAGGGCAAGUUCGUGGAGCUUGGCCUCUCCAACUAUGCCGCCUGGGAGGUGGCCGAGAUCUGCACCCUCUGCAGGAGGAACGGCUGGUUCCUGCCCACUGUGUACCAGGGUAUGUACAAUGCUACCACCCGGCAGGUGGAAACGGAGCUCUUCCCCUGCCUCAGGCACUUCGGAUUGAGGUUCUAUGCCUACAACCCUUUAGCUGGGGGCCUGCUGACAGGCAAGUACAAGUAUGAGGACAAGGAUGGGAAACAGCCCGUGGGCCGCUUCUUCGGGAAUGACUGGGCUGAGACCUACAGGAAUCGCUUCUGGAAGGAGCACCACUUCGAGGCCAUUGCCCUGGUGGAGAAGGCCCUGCAGGCCGCAUACCGCGGCAGCGCCCCCAGCAUGACCUCGGCCGCCCUCCGGUGGAUGUACCACCACUCCCAGCUGCAGGGUGCCCACGGGGACGCCGUCAUCCUGGGCAUGUCCAGCGUGGAGCAGCUGACACAGAACUUGGCGGCGACCGAGGAAGGGCCCCUGGAGCCGGCCGUGGUGCAGGCCUUCGAUCGAGCCUGGCACCUGGUCGCCCACGAAUGUCCCAACUACUUCCGCUAGGGCCAGUCCUGGCUCCAGCUGCCAAAGGUUUCUCUCUUUUCCGCCACCUCUUCUGUUCUCUCAUCCUGACCAGUCUGCCUUAAGUUGAUUUAACAUGGUCUUUUUUGAUUGUCUGGUUCGAUGCAAUAUUUUUCUAGAUUCCCUCCUGGCUCCCAGAUGCCUUCGCAGCGUGUAAAGCCUGGGGCUGUGGCCCACUUGGGACGUUCUUGUCUGAAUAAAGCCGGCACUUGACCAGGCUGUUGCCCGGGCCCCGAGUAAACCCCACGAACCUGUCUC